CUCAUGGUCUGCUUAUCUGGCCUCUAUUUCCAUAUACAUAUGUUGUGUGGGAAGGUGUUGAAAGCUUUGCUAACAUCUAGGACUCCUCCAGGAUGGUUACAAGCAGGUAUAAAAGUACAGCUAAUGCACCAGACGACGAUGCUCCAAAUAGAUAUUCCCGAACAGAGAGAACAGCUUACGGCAGAUACAGCAGAGAUGCAAAUUCUUCUGGCAGUUCUCUACCAAGUAACACUUUGGAAAAGAGGAUUGAGGAACUUGAAAGGGAACUUGCAAAAGAAAGACAGGAAAAUGCAAGAUUAAUGAAGAUGGCACAGGACAAAGAGGAACUAAUUGGAAAGCUGAAAGAAGAAAUUGAUUUAUUAAAUAGAGAUCUAGAUGAUAUAGAAGACGAAAAUGAACAAUUGAAACAAGAAAACAAAACCCUCUUAAAAGUUGUUGGACAGUUGACAAGGUAGAAGAUUCAGAUGUCAAUGAGGAAAGAUUAAAAAAACUACUGAUUGAACACUAAGGUCAAUAUAGUAAUAUUCCUGUGUUGCAGUAUCUUAUAAUAAGUGUCUUUGUAUUUAUUGUUAGGAAACCAGAUGAAUGUUUAUUUUCAUAGUGCUUUCUCCUUCAUUCAAUGAAAUGGCAUAAAAUUUGAGGUGUAUUUUUAGCUUUCUUUUCACAUAAGCAUGAUUAAAUUUUUUGACAUAUUUCAAAAUUUUAAGUUCAGAAAGAUUUGGAUUUUGUAUCUUCAGAUUACAACUGCAUAAAGUACAGUAAUCUAAAAUUCAUAGCAUCAAGAUCACUUUCAGUCCAUGUGGGUGUAUAUUUUUGAAAUGAAUGGAAGCAAUACAUAUAAGCCUUGUUUACACAGAUUCAAAAUAUGUAUUUUGAGAAAUGCUUCCUUUUUUGUUCAAAUAGCUGUAAAGUGGAUGCCUUAUUACUGAUGUAUAACAUUUUGCAGAUUGAUGACUUGCUCUAGAGCUCUUGUAUGUUGAGGUUUUUUACUGUGUCUGAAAGAUUGACAGUAG